UAAGAGAUAAAAGGAGUAAGGCAUAAAAGCCGAGUGUAGUUUGCCAUCAAACCAUAAGCGUAGCAGCUAUGGAAAUUUUAUCUCCCUCAGCCACAAUCACAAAACCCCAUAUACUUCCAAGCAAAGCUUACAAAACCCAACCCCAAAAUCCCACUAUAAACAUCAAAUUCGCCAAUCCACCAAACAAAAGGAACCGCCUUUAUCUCUCUUCUUCUAAUUCUUCUUUCGUUUCUUUUUUAUGUUUCUCUACUGCAACAAGUGCAACUUCAACAUCAACUACAAAUACAUUAACUUCCACUUCCCUUUCUUUGUCUUUCACUCCGUGUGACAACCACCAUUGGCUGGUGGUCAUGGAGGCUCCUCCACAAGGCGUCAAUUCCAAACCAGAAGUUUUUGACUACUACGUUAAGACCUUAGAAAGAGUUUUGGGCAGUGAGAAGGACGCUCAGAUGUGUAUAUAUGAUGCUUCUUGGGAUACCCAGUUCGGCUUUUGCUGUGACAUUGAUGAAGAAACUUCCCGCGAGCUCUCCGGUUUGCCGGGGGUUUUAUCGGUUAGGCCUGACCCAGAUUAUAGUUCUGUUAAAAAAACAUAUAGUUCUUCAAGCAUUCAAUCAAGUAAUCUAUCAAGCUCACAAAUUGGAAAUACUGUGUUGUUUCCUGUGGGGAAUACCAAACACUGGCUUGUUCGAAUGGCCAUGCCGGGGGUUGGAGUUGUUACGAAGGCUCAAAUGGUCGAUUAUUAUGGUCAAACACUGACCAAGGUUUUGGGGAAUGAGAAGGAUGCACAAAUGUGUAUAUAUCAUGUUUCUUGGCAGUCAAAUUUUGGUUUCUGUUGUGAACUUGAUGAUGAAUGUGCACGGGAACUAGCUGGUGUACCUGGUGUUUUAUCUGUUCAGCCAGACAAGAAUUUUGAGUCAGAGAAUAAGGAUUACGGAGGUAAUAAUCUACAGAAGUCUACAUAUUUGCCGGAUUCUUCAGAAGCAACUCAAACUACUCCUAUAAAAACAAAGAAACUGUUUGUUACUGGCUUGUCAUUUUAUACAUCUGAGAAGACUUUACGUGCAGCAUUUGAAGGCUUUGGUGAGCUUGUUGAAGUUAAAAUUAUAAUGGACAAAAUUUCUAAAAGGUCCAAAGGCUAUGCAUUUAUAGAGUACACUACAGAGGAGGCUGCUAGUGCAGCACUCAAAGAGAUGAAUGGCAAGAUCAUUAAUGGCUGGAUGAUAGUGGUUGAUGUUGCCAAAAGUAAUCCUCCAAGAUACAGCAGGGGCAGGCCCACAUAGGAAAUCUGAUGUGUGUGUGUGUGUGUGUGUGUGUGUGUGUGUGUGUGUGUGUGUGUGUGUGUGAGAGAGAGAGAAUAUAUAGCUACUGCCAUCAAAGUCAGGCAAUAAUUUCAUGCUAUUGCGCUCAAGGAAUUGGUCUAUUCUGCAAACCAGCCACUUAAAUUUUGUAAAUUGAGUACCUGCAACAGAUCUUGUUUACCAAAAAAGGUUCACGUGCCAAAA